CAGCAGCAGGAGACUACAUCCAGCAUCGGCGUCGGCGUCGGCGUCGGCGCUGGCGUUAACGUCGCUGUUGCAGCUCUGCCGCCCAAUGCUACUGGCAGCAGCGCAGCAGAGGUCGCUUUCGCCGCAGCACCAGCGCCAGCGACCGCAGCGCCAGCAGCGCUGCCGCAUGAGAUAAUUGGCUCGGCCACGCCCAACAAGGGGGAACAGGAGGCGAUAUUGCGUGCACUGGACUGGCUGAAGGAGAAGCGCGCCUCCGACUACGGCUGGGGCAAUGACACGCACGUGGUCAUACUGGCCAAGGAGCUAUCGGGCGGUCGGGAUCCGAACGAGAGCGCCGACGGGCAUCUGCUGGUCAUACAGGAGCUGGAGGAUACGCUGUCCGUCAAGGAGAUGGAAAUCGAAAUACUGGCCAUGCUGGAUCGCCAUCAUACGCUGCCCAAGCCGCUCAAUCUGGACAAGCUGGCCCGCUAUGUGCUGGCGCUGGGCUCCCUGUGCAAGGAUCCCAAGCACUUCCACGGACACGAUCUGGUCGCAACGCUGCAGCACCAUGAGCCCGCCCAGGACAUUGAGUUCGCCUUGACCACGCUAUCCGCGUGCAGCUCGGCGGCGCACGUGCGCAAGCGCCAGAUACGCCGCCUCCUGGACAUCGCCAGCGGCGUAACGGAUCAGAGUGUCGAUGCCAUUGCCAUGGUGAUUCUGGCGUUGCGCUGCAUUGUCACCGAUCAUCGGCAUCGGCAUUUGCAGCACUUUGUGCGGCGUCCGGCACGCGGCCUGGCCAGCCUCCAGGAUCAGCGCGGCAGCUUUGGUUCGCUGCGCAGCACCGCGUUGGCCAUGCAGGCGCUGCAGGAUCUGGAAUAUGAUCCGGCCGGGCACUGGAAUCGCACGGCCGCCUCGCGUUACAUACUCAGCCGGCAGCGCGCCGACGGCGGCUGGAGCGAGGAGCCGCUGCAGGAUGGCCAGGAGCCGGACAUUGGCGUUGGCCUCACCGCCGACAUUAUCCUGGCCCUCGGCUGGAAGGGUCUCGGCGCCGUGCGCGCCCUCCAGUGCGACCAUGUCAUACGCGAGAGCAGCGAUCCCACAGAGAACGGCGAACCAAAGCUGGCCUUGCCCUUCGGACUCAGCUCCUCGGCGGAGGAAUCGGAUACCAAGAACAUCUCGUACACCUACACACUGUGGGUCGGCUCCAAUGUGACCGAGGCCUUCUCGCUGUCCCUGAUCUCGCCCAAAAACACGAGCUUCUUCAAGGCCAUGACCCAGGCAGCCGAAAUGGAUCCCAGAUUCAUGUUCGAGGCGCGCGAGUGGCCCAACGGACACUAUGUGCACACGCUCUACGGCAAGAACGAGGAGCCGCGAGGAUAUCAUUACUGGCUGCUCUACAGGCUGCCCGAGUUGCCCGAUCCGAACAAUACGCCUGGGAAUCAGCUUAUUGCGCCUGUUGGUGUGGAUGAGCUAAUGGUCGAGGAUGGGGAGCACUAUCUAUAUUGGUAUAAGAAACUUUAAGCACGCACACAAGGAUUUGCCGGCCUUAGUCACUAAACUAAAGUUAAGCCACGAGGAAAGGAGAGGAGAGGAGAGCAGUGGAGAGGAGAAGCAGUCCGAGCUGCAAGGAUAACACAGAUAGCAAGGAUAACAACUACAAGAGCAACUGUAACAAAUGCAACUACUACAACUGCGCGCAUGCAUAUGUGUAUGUCUACGUGGCUCUCAAUAUACGUAUACACACACACACACACACAUACACACACUCAGUAUCACACACACAGACAUGCGUACAUAUUGCAUUAUAUAUAUAUAUAUAUACAACUGAAUAAUAAUGGCGUAAUCAAAACUGCAUUAAUCGACACACACACACGCGCGCAUUCUGCAUAUGCAUAUAGCUACACUCGUGGUCAAAACAAUGUGCACACUAGCACAACUUCCUUUCAUAUGCAUAUAUUUCAAAUUCUUUUGUUAAUAUGCUCGAGGUUUCUUUUUUAUUUGCACUGUGUUUUCAACAUAAUGCCAAACAGAGCAGCAAACAUAGCUAGACACAGAAAAUAACUGCAAGUGCUUGGACAAAACUGAAAGGUCAAUCAUGGCCUACUCUAAAAAUUAUACAGAUUUCUAGCUUCGGGAGAUACAUUUCUUCAUCUUCUACUUCGACACAUUCACUAGAUUUUGUGUUUAUAUCUGAACAAGCAGUCGACUUAUUGUUUUGUCCAAGCAUUUUUAUUUAUUGAUCUUGUUUCACAUUUUGAAUGAAAUUUAGUUCGCACUGUGUUUUUUGUUCUGUUUAGCUUCAUGUUGUCCACACAAUGAAAACAAAAGAGAAGUCUCGAACAUAUUUUCAAACAAAUUUCAAAUAUAUGCAUCUAAAAGCAAGUUGUGAUAAUUGCCUCAUUAUUUUGACCAUCAGUGUAAACACACACACACACACACGCACACAUGCAUAAUAUAUACAAAUAUACCCUAACGUAAGCUUAACACUGUGUUUAGGUUCUACUUAUCUAUGAUAUGACAAAAAGCAAAAUAAGCAAAAAAUCAAACGACAGCAACAAAAACCAAGGCUAACAAAGGUUUAAAAAAGUGUGCACACUUAUUGAAGGCACGUUGCGUUUACUGUUGCGCCUGUCAAAGUUGUAGUUAGUUGACAAGCAGUUAAACUUUUUCGCAUACGAAAUGCCUACAUUUUGCGCAAUAGUGGCAACGCCAUUUGAAUAAGCUGGCAACAUUUCAUUUGGUAGAUUUACAGAUAUUGUGAAUGCAAUACUAUUUUCAUACUAAAUAUUUAACUGGCAGAUAAAUUGAUUUUAAUAGUUAAAACUGAGUUUAACAACAUGUUCAAAUAGUCGCCAACUUUGACAGGAACAUGGGAAAAACUAGUUUGGAGAGUUCUCAAAAAUGCAUCAAACAUACCCAAACAGACACACACACAUGCACAAAAGCUUCAGAAAGCAGCCCCUCCCUCUCUCCCUCUCUCUCUCUCUCUCUCUGUCUCGCUCUCUCUGUCAUCACUUGUCGAAACGAAUGUUAACAAAAGUGAGGUUAGUUCAUUUAUUAAAAGUGAGGUUAGUUCAUUUAUCACUCCGUCCGUUUUGUAGAUUGAGAGCGUAAUGAGGAGAUGCAUGAUCCGUCUUGGGACUUAAUGCUAGCUGUUGCACACACACACACACACAAGCACACACACACACAAUAUGCUUUACAUGUUAUUUAACUAAAAUUGCUUAAAAGAGACAGGCUUUCAUGAACACGAGAGAAAGCGUCCGUCAGUCCAAGCAAAGCAUAUUAUACCGAACACCGUAAGUAACAAUAAGUGAUUGAAAAUCAUCCCUAGACAUACAUAAAUAUAUAAAACAAUACAUAUAUACAGCUAGAUAUGUAUAUAUACAUAUAUAUACAAA